AUGUACAACAUCGCAACAGCCCUAGCAAGUCAGGUACUAUUGCUAGGAACAGUGAAAUCUGUUGACAACGGUGAAUCUGUGUUACCAGUUAAGUCUCAGAUAUUUAAUACUGAAAAUAGUAAGCUAUGUCAAGCUAUUGAUUUUGUGAAUGUUGGGUUUACAGGCUCUUAUCUCCCAGUCAGUUCUUUAAACGAUAUCGAAAAAGAUACAUGCAGUUGUGAUGUUGGUGAACGUGUUUGGUUCUCAGGAAAUAUUGCCCCUAUUGAUGAUGCUGUAACUGUUCAUUUCCGUGGACCUCUCAAAUUGCACAAGUUCGCCUUUUACACAUCUCCUUACUAUGUUCUUGGAAAUCCUCAUUCAGGUGAUUGGGAGCGUAUGGCUCAUUAUGAUUCAUCUACUCAAAAGAGAGAAAAUGUCACCUUUUUAAACAAGGAAGGCCCUCAUUCUCUAUGCUUGGGCAAGGCUCUUUCAUACGCAGAUGAUUCAGGUAUUGCGAGUGCGGUUGAAUCCACAACUUUAUCUGAUGAAGCAGUGCUUAGUUCUGAUGAGGAGUUUGUAAUAUUUUCGGAAUUGGAAUGUCCACCAUCUGCAUUUGAUGGAGCUUGCGGGGUUUACCGUGAAGGCAUCCCUGCUUAUCAUGGUUUUGAUGGUGAUACCAAAAUGUUUUUGUUCGAAUUUGAAAUGCCUACGGAGCCUCAAACUCCAAAUCCACACUUUGAAUUCUACGACAUGCCUGCAAUAUGGCUAUUGAAUGCACACAUCCCUAGAACUGCCCAAUAUCCAAACAACGUUAAAUGUUCCUGUUGGGCAAGCGGCUGUGGAGAAUUUGAUAUUUUUGAGGUUAUGAAUAGUACUGAAGUUAAUCAUCUAUACUCUGCAUUCCAUACUUUCCAAGGGAUUGAUGAUGUGGGUAUUGGAAUUCAAGCACCAGCAUAUCUAGAAAGAGAUCCACAUGGUAUAAUGGCCGGAGGAGUAAUUUUUGAUUCCAAAGGCUAUACCAGAGUCUUCUUUUCAGAUAAAAUUGAUUUUGACGACGAUGUAAUUACAGCAAGUACACUAUACAAGAUAAUGAACUCAAUUUCACCGAAAUCGGUCCAUCAAUCUAAAUUAACUAAGGUUUCUAUAUAUGCUCCAAUGGAUGAUGUUAAGUCUAUCGGUAUUAAACUAACUCAAAAAUCCAGUAUAAUAGCAUAUUCCCUUGUUGCGCUAACCACCCUCAUUCUAUAUUCAAAGCUAUAA